AUGGAAAUGCACGAAAAUAGUAAAAAUAAUUCUUCAAAAAAGGGGUGGAUAGAAGAAAUUAAAGGAAAAUAUUCGAAUAUCAUGAGUAGUGGAAGUAAAGAUACAACAUAUUUGAGUACAUUGGAUAAUAAAACAAAUAAAGAUGUUAAUGAUAAUUUGGAUACUAUAAAAGAGGAAAAAAAAAAGAAAAUUAAAGUUACAAAUAAUAUGAAGGAAGAAAAAAAUGAAAUAAAAAAAAAAAAAAAAGAUAAAAGGAAAAAUAGUUCUUUCGUUGAUGAUGCCAACUCACGAGAAAAAAAACAAAUUUUUUUUGAAAUCUAUAAAAAAUAUUAUUUUAUAGAAAUGACUGAAUAUCAUAAAAGUAGAGAAAAUUGUACCAUUAAUUUUUUAAAUUUUCUUGAAACAUUAUUUGAAAAAAUGAUAGAAGUUUUAAAACAUGGAUCAGAUAACAUUAAUAAUUUAAAUAAAUUUUUUAAAGAAUUUUUAAAAAAUGAUAUAGCAUACUUCAAAAAUGUAUCAUAUGGUAAUUCUAAAAUAAAUAAUUUAACUCAAAGCUUUUUAAAUAUUCCUAAUGAAGAUAAUUUAAGUAACCAACAGAUUAAUAUCAAUAAGAAAAAUGAAUCAAAAGUAAAUGAUAGUAGAACUAAUAUAAUAAAAGAAGGUGUUAGUGACAAUAAUCCUUUUAACUACAAUUUAAAAGAAAUAAAUAAUGAUAUGGAUAAUAUAGAAAAAAGGAAUUAUUUUUUAAAAUAUGAUAAUAUUCAAAAGGAUACCAAUGAAGAUGAGGAAAAAAAUAUUUAUAAAAGAGAGAAUAAUAAUGUAGAAUAUCUUGAUAAUUUAAAUAAACAAAAUUCUCAUUUUUUAAAUAGAAAUAGUUCAAGGAAUUCAAUAAAUAAAAUAAACGAGAUUGUUGAUAAUAUUAUUGAUAUAAAUUCAGAUAAAUCUAAUUUAAAUUAUAAUGUAAUUGAUGAAUGGAUUAAGUAUGGUUAUAUGAAUUAUAUUAAAAUUAUAAGCAGUAUGAAAGUAAGUUGUGAUUUAAUAGAUAAUAAAAUAUAUCAGAAAAAAUUAACUUUAUUAAAAGAAACAUACAUAAAAGAACAAGAAAAUUUAAUAGAGGUAUUUAAAAAGAAAAAAAAUGAUUUUUUAAAACAAUUAGAUACUUGUAAGAAUUAUUGGAAAUAUUUUGAAAAUAGUUAUUCAAAUUCAGAAAAAAUUAGAUCUGAUGGAAUCAAAGAUUCUAAAAAGAUAAAAUGCUCAUGGUUAUGUCAGAGAAAAUAUUUGAAAAAUGUAAAAGAUUUAUUAGUUAUACAAAAUGAAUAUUUAGAAAUAAUUUAUAAAUGUGUAAAAACUUUUUUUCAAUUAAUGGAAUGGAAAAAAGAUACAAUUCGUGAUAUUUUAGGGUCAUAUAUACUUUUAUAUAAAAGCUUUUUAAACUUUUAUUUAAAUAAUAUGAAUAUUUUGUAUGAAUCAGUAUUACAAGAAAAAAACAUUGAAAAAUCACAUGUUGAUAAUUUAAAUUCAGUAACAAUGAUGGAAGACGAUAUAAUAAAACCAGUUAUUGGAUUCCAUUUUGAUGAAAAUUGUAAUUCAAUACCAAUAUUAAACAAUGCUAUUAAUCUUAUUAGGAAAUCUGUAGUAUUUUAUAAUAGUCAAAUAAAUGUGAAAUCAAUACUUUGUUUAUUUAGUUCUAAGAUUAAGGGUUAUUUAACAAGUGUAGGUAUUUUCAAUAAAUGUGUUGAAGGAAUAAUUGUAAUAAGUUGGGAUAAGUUUAUUCAUUUUUUUAAUAAUGUUGAAGAUACAUCACCUCAAUGGUCUUAUUAUUUAGGUGAUAUAGAAUUUAAAAUGGUCAAAAACAAAAAGUAUCAGAAAAAAUUAUCUAAAGAGAAAAAUAAAAAGAAUGUUGAUACCAAUGAAAAGAAAAGUGAUACAAAUAAUAUCGUAAAAGAUAAUAAUGAAGAAUUGAGAAAUGAAGAUAAUAAUAAACAUACUUCACCAAAAAAUAAUGAUGAUGAUAUAAGAGUAAAAAGUAUGAAAAGUGAACUUUCUGAUGAUAUUACUACAAACUAUAAUAAUACUAAUGAAAAUAGUGACAUGGAAAUUCAAAUGAAAGAAAAGAAAAAAACUUUACUGAUUAAUGGUUGGUCUUUUACAUUUAAGUGUUCAACAGAGCACUUAACGAAAGUAUGUUUUGAAUUAUUAAGAAAUCAUUUAUACUCUGAAUACUUUCAAGAUGAAAAUUCUUUUUCUCAUUUUACAAAUAUUAUUUGUAAUGGGGAAAUUCAAAAUGACAUGCUUUUUGGUGAUGAAGUUGCAAAUUACUAUAAUAUUAAUUCAGAAGAAAAGUAUGUUAAUACUCAAAACAUAUUCAAAUAUAAGUCAUACUUAGAGAAAGGCUUAGGUAAAAAUUUGGAAAAGGAUGAUAAAUCCUUAUCUUUUACUGAUGGUGAUAUUAAUUUAAAAGAUGACAUAAUAUACUUAGAAAAAAAAAGUUUAGAAGAAAAUAAUCCUAAUAAUUAUGAUAAUAAAAAAGAAACGAUUUUAAUAAAAAAUAUCAAAAAACGGAAAGAAGAAAACAAAAACAAAGGUAAUUAUAAAGGUUACAACGGAGAUUAUAAUAAUGAAGAUGACAAUGCAGAUGAGGAAGAAAAUGAAGAUGACGAAGAUAAUGAAGACGAAGAUGAUGAAGACGAAGAUGAUGAAGACGAAGAUGAUGAAAAUGAAGAUGAUGAAAAUGAAGAUGAUGAAAACGAAAAUGAUGAAAAUGAAGAUGAUGAAAAUGAAGAUGAUGAAAACGAAGAUGAUGAUGAAAAAGAUAAUGAAGGAAACAAGAAUGAUGAAGAAAAGAAUGAUUGGAUAAUUGGAGAUGAGGAAAAAGAUCAUAAUGAAAUAAGAUGA